CUCAAUGAAAUCAUCUGAAACAUUUUUUAUCGUAAUUUCGAAAAACAGGAAAACCUUUCGUUGCAGAUAAGGGGCGAUGACAAGCUUAAAGCUCUCACCAUGUUACAAGGCUGUGGCGGAGCUCGAACCCGCGACCUCAUUCAGGCAAAAUCAACCCUCAUCUCAGUAGCAGGGAAACUGCAAUUUUCAUGGAGAAUUCGCACUCUUCCCUGCCAUUCUUUAAAACACAAGAGGCGCCUGCUAAUUUUUGUGGGCACUACUUUGGGAGGCUCUCUUCUUCCACUAAAUUUUCUUCACGCUGAAGAAGGAAAGGAAAAUACUUCUGCCGAGAAGAAGAGUGAUAAUGACGAUGACGAGGGUUUGGUGGGAGGAUUAUUAACGCUGUUCGACCCCAACGAGAAGACCAAGUCUGGAAGAGUUCUUCCGAAGAGCUAUUUGAAAAGUGCGAGAGAAGUUGUGAAGAACUUGCGGGAGUCGUUGAAGGAAGAUGUCAAGGACACCGCUAAGUUUAGAAGAACAGCGGAUUCUGCAAAAGAAGCGAUCAGGGAUUUCAUGCAGAAUUGGACGGGCCAGAAAGCUGUGGCGUCUGAGGAUUCAUAUACAGCACUUGUAAGUGCAAUUAGAGUUCUUGCAAACUUCUACUCUAAGAAAGGUCCAACAGCUGCCAUGCCAGAAGAUAUUAAGACAAAGGUUAUGGAUGAUUUGAACUCAGCAGAAGCUGCUCUUUGAUAUUCCAUCGAUAGUUUUUGUAGUAUGAUCAGUAAAUUGAAAUCUUUUGAAUGAUAUAUGGUAAACUUUUCAUAAAUUGUUGUGUUUUUAAGAUUCUAGUUGAGCAUAGUCUCUUAAUGAAAACAUGCUGUAUACCCUCUUAUAUAUAUUGAUACAUAAAAGCAGGUUAUUGUUUUGAAAUCAUAUUGAUUUGUAGGAAGAGCACAUGGUGCUCUAGUGUAAGAUAAUGCAGUCUGGUCUUUGUAUUGUCUGGACUUAUUUUUCUGUAUAAGUCAGAGCAACAAGACCUUUUGACAAUAAUUGACUCAGUUUCUUGUUCGCUGCCUAAGCUUCUAAAAUAACUGAAAGUGCCCAUACUUUUGAAGUGA